AUGGCUUCCACAACCUCCAUGGACUUCCACCUCGCCGACGGCCGAGCCUACUCCCUCGGCCGCAGCAACGCAGCCGCCUCUCGUCUGAACUACCAAUUUUACCUUUGGAAAGAAUCCUUCGGCUUCAAUCUCCACCCCACCAUCGCCGCGUCGCUUCCCGCCCCCAACCCAUGCAUCGCGGACAUAGCCUUCGGAACAGCCAUCUGGCUCCUCGAUCUCGCCCCGGAGCUCCCCAACGCCACCUUCGAAGGCCUCGACAUGAGCAUGGCAGUGGCCCCGCCGCCCGAAUGGCUCCCUAACAACAUCACCCUCCGUCAAUGGAACCUGAACGAUGAUGUCCUCGCCGACCUCGUCGAGAAGUUCGACGUGAUCCACCUCCGCUUGCUGGUUCUGGUGGUCGAAAACAGCGAUCCAACCCCGAUCAUCCGCAAGGUGUCCCGCAUGCUCAAGCCGGGCGGCUGGAUCCAGUGGGACGACUACAACUAUCAAGGCACACACGUGGUCAAGGUCAACCCAGCCCAAAAGACACCGGCUCUGGAGCAGCUCUGCGCAUUUUUAUUCUCAGGCGGCCGGCAGGACUGGGUGGUUGAGCUUCCUCGCAUCUUUGGGAAGGAAGGGUUUGAGAAGGCCCAGAUCUUUCACUAUCGGCCACGACGAGAAGUGGCGAGGGCCAAUGGUGAGUUGCAUCUCUCCACGAUCGAGGAGUUUGCGGCAAGGUUGCUGGAGGAUGGGGAAGUGAAGGCGGGGAAUGAGCUGAUGGGGCUGGUGCGGCAAGGGCUCGUGGAGGCCGGGGCCGGGGCGGCCAUGUCGACGCCCAGAGCUGUUAGCAUUGGACGGAAGAAGGGUCCGAACGGGGUGAAGUUGUAG